UCAUCAGAUACGUGCCAACCAAACCUUCCCCGAAGACGUCCGUCAUCAAAAUUGAUUAUGCCAUUUUUGAACGUUCAGAACAACUCGCGGGUUGCACGCAAGGCCCCCAUGGAACGGCUGUGGUGAAGGGUAAUAUUUAACGAGGCGCUAACACAUGAUCGUAACUCACUCGCCCACUACAUAUCAUUGUUCUUCCAGGACAUCAUCUUAUUCUGCUCAUCAUCCAAUUCAUCAUGUCAUCUAGUUGGACACCAGACGAAUCGUCUGAAACACUUCUUGCAGAGAAAGGUUGGUUGCAGGGUACAGUGGUCAGCGCCAUUGCCUAUGGCAUUAAUGUCACAUUGUAUUUUAUGUGCUUCCACCUCCUUCUCCGGCAGAUGACACGCACGAACUGCAAAAAGCAAAUCCCUCUACUCGUGUACAUCACUGUGACUUUCAUUCUCAGCACCUUAUUCAUGACAGCGUUAGCCGAUUUCACGCAACUCGCAUUCAUUCAAGAUCGCAAUUAUCCGGGUGGUCCAAAUGCAUUCGAGAACGACAUGUUCUCCAUUCCUGUGGACAAUAUUGGAAACGUCUGCGGUUUGAUAACAAUGCUUCUUUCAGACGGAUUGGUCGUUUGGCGCUGCAUGGUAAUUUACAGAGGGUGUAGGGUGCCAAUGUGGGCCAUCAUGUUAUUCCCUUGUCUGAUGUAUGCUGCAUCCGUUGUUAUGGGAAUAAUGUGGCUGCUUCAAGUAACCACUUUUUCCCCAUAUUUCUCCUCGACUAACAUCAACUACACUGUCCCCUAUCUCAGCCUCUCGCUCGCUCUGAACAUCAUCAUUACGAUCGUUAUCGUACUUCGUCUGCUCACAUAUCGUCGCCGCAUUUCCAAAGUCCUCGGCUCCAGCUACGGAACUCAAUACACGUCGAUUGCUGCGAUGAUAAUUGAAUCUGCCGCUCUCUAUUCCGCGUUCUCGGUGGCAUUUCUGACUCUCUUCCUUCUGAACAACCCUAUCUCGGAGACAUUUAUUGAGGCACUGACUCAGGUUCAGAUAAUUGCAACGCUGCUCAUAGUCUUCCGAGUCGCGCAGGGAAAGGGUUGGUCUCAGGACACCAUGUCCAGGGUGAUGGUCUCGAGGCCAUCAGUGCAAGCAAUCCGCAUGGGGGGUCUCGGGUAUGAUUUGCGAGAUGGCUCCAAAUCGUUCACCGAUUCCAACAACGUUGGGACGCAUGAGACCUGCAAGAUUAGCGACCGCAAUUUAGUGGAAGCAGCUGUGUGAACAAAG